AUGUUUAGAGGUGGAGAUUAUGUUGAUGAUCCUAGGUUUUCAAACCCAAAUCAAAUUAAAAAUAGCAUGGAUGUUAGCGACAUUGCUGGCACUAAAUCAAAAUAAUAUGGGGGCAGGUAAAGAGAUAACAUGAACGUUUCAGAUAUAAAUGGAAUGAAGCCUCCCCUUCAUGGAUACGGACAAGGAAAGCCUCCUCAAGGAUACGCACAGGACUACUCAUAGGUUGAAAGAAGAAAUUAAAGUGAUCAAAUUGCAGGAGUUAGGUAUCGUCCAAGAACAGGAGAGAGAGGAAUGGCCGACAUCUUUUCAAGCAAUGUCAGCGACGCCCCAAGGAGAAUUGAGAACCGAUCCCUCUAAACUAAUGAUAUAGUUGGCGCUUCAUCAAAAGUAGGACCCAACUAAUAUAACUAAAGCGUUAUUGCAGGAGUGAGAACUGGAUCUCCAGCCAGGAAAAAUGAUUCCUCAGUUUUUGCUCAUUUAACCGAUUCAUAUGAAAGAGGUGAUGCACUCAAGAGAAAAGACCUAUCUGAUAUUUCUAAGCCAAGAGUCGUCUAAAAUAAUCUAUCUGCUCAGAGAAUGAGCAAUGGCUACCAGGCAUCUCAGUUCAAUGAUCCAUAUGCUAAUUAAUAACCUGAAUAUCAAGCUCAAGAUUACAAUCAGCAAGCAUAUGGAGGCCAGAAAGAUAGUCAGUUAGCUGGUGGAUAUGGAGAUGUGUAUUAAACUAGAGAUUUAGAGAGAGAUGAAUUGGCAAAGCAAUUUGACGAGUAUUAAGCAUUACAAGAGAAAAUGAGACAAUAGGAUGCUGCUAGGAACUAUCAAAUGUAAUUGAGCUAGCAACCAGUAAAUGGUUUAAGUGGCUUUACCAAAAAUCAAGGUCUAUCAAGCAAUAUUCUUGCUCAUGAUAUUAUUGAUGUCAAGUCUAAGGGCAAUCUAGCAAACAAUGGCAAUUAAAUCUUCAAUAGCGGUGGGUAUUCAAGUUCUUCCAACUCCAAGAGAAUGAUUCAAGAGCAAAAGUUUGAACAGAAUUUCUAAAAACCAAUGGCUGAUCGCAGUUCAGUUCAAUCUGAAUAUAUGAAAAAUAACUAGUUGCUUACUGCUGCGGGAGUUCCAUUGACUAAUAAUUCUGCUUAGAGAAGACCUACCAUAAAUGAUGGAAAGGAAAGACUUUUUGGAGCUGUUGAUGAGAAUACUACUGUUUAGUCGAGAGGAGCAGCAGCUAACUUGACUCUUGAAUAGCAAAGAAGUCAGGGUAAGAGAAUUCUUCAAAGUGGGGGUUAAACUGAUAGCUAUUCUAAUGUUAUUGGUGGCUAUCCUGGAAUUGAGAAUCUAGCCCCAUAAACUAAAGCUCCCUAUUCUAACCAAAGAAUUGUCAUGAUGUCACAUGUACCGAUACCAGGCAUGAAUUAAAACUAUGGAACCGACUAUUAUGGAGGGCCUUUACAAGUUUAAGAAUGA